CUUCCGGUGGCUGCCCGGAUGCGGAAGUGAGCGGCGCGCGUGGGGGCCGCCCGCGUCACCCGGGGAGCGUCGCUGGCGCCCAGCGGCCGAUCGCCGUCGACACGAGGAGCCGCAGCCGCAGCCGCGCUACGCACAGCGCCCCGUCGUCACCCGCAGCCAGAGAUAGCAGCGGCAGCGGCACAGCUGACUGCUGAUACCACUCCUGCAGCGACUGCCCCGGCCGCUACUUAGGCGGCGGUAGCUGACAGCAGCGCGGCCUCGCGUCUCACACCCUCCCAGCCCCCCCCCCCGCUCCAUCCGUCGACUGAGCCACGAUGCGCGCCCUUCACUCUCUGGGCGCUGCUACGACAGCCUCGCUGCUGCUGCUGCUGCUGGUGUCGCUGCUGCUCGCGGCCGCAACGCGCGGCGAUGGAGAAGGCGCGACCGCAGUCAAGGCGACUGCUGCCGCUGCGGCUGCGAAUUCGCCGAACAUCACGGCCGUGACGCGGAGGCGUGGCGCAGUCGGCCCCAACUCCACGUCGUCGUCGUCGUCCAUGCACAUCCUGGGGGUCUCCCUCGACGCCUCCGUGCUGCGCCGCGCCGCUUACUUCUGCCUCGGGGUCGUGGCCGUGCUCGGAUUCUUCGCUGCGCUGCGAAUGAGGAGACGGUUCCGGAAGCCGCGGAAGUACGGCGUGAUUGUGACGCCGGCGGACGAGGUGGAAAUGGACCCGCUGGCGGACGACCUGGGAGACGAGGACGAAGACACGACGCUAUUCGAGGCCAAGCGCCAACGGUGAUGUCAGAGCGGCUGCUCUUUCCCAAAGGGCAGCUCGUGGAACAAGGAGAAAACCUAUUUCCCCAUUCCCAGCCUUGCGAUCGCGAGGGCGAUGGACCAAUCAAACAGCAAUGACGAGUGUUUCCAUGGCGGUCUCAAGGAGAGAAGCGUCAUGGACACAAGGAGAGGGCCAUCCAUAAUUAUCCUUUAUAACGAGGGCGGCGGCGAAUUGCCGGUUGUGCUUUUCUGAGAGCACGGCGUUACAAUAUCAGACUGAGCCCGUUUUCAAUGCUGUCGUGGGUUUUCGUGUCAUGCCGGUUAACUGGAUUGUAUCAAUUGAACACCCAGCUCCAGGGUCACUUGGGUGCACAAGCAGUGUCGGAUCGUAAACCCCGUUCCCAUGGCACUGCCUUCUUACGGGAGGAUGCCUCUCCACAUUAGUCAUUUUAAAUGGACCGGCACAAACGUGGAGUGUGUCCUGCAUAAUUUGCGUGUUAGAGCAGAACGGCUGGAAAAGAUGUGCAAGGGUCAAGGUUGUUUCUCGGUCUUUGAGUUUGAAAGCCACUGCACGACUGAGCUUUGCUGUACGGGCUUAUGGAGCAAAUCAAGCCAUUUCUCUGCAGUCGUGUAUAUGGUGGUGGCAUACUGACCCGUUGGAGGUGAAGUGAAAGUGUAAAAACACCGAGAUUUUCAAAGUUAUACGGCUGUGGAACUCGUUUGAUUUGUACGCGUAUGACUACUUUGUACGAAUGGUAAAUACGUCCGUAGCACACUUUCCGUUGGGCCUGUAGCAUGACGAUAUUUUUUCUCUAAGGGUGACGGUUGGAAAAUGAAUAUAUUUUUGGGGAAAUUGUAAACUUUUUCUAUUUAAUAUGCACCAGCUAUACACGUGGGGUGUUUUGUUUUUGUUGGUUUCUGCAGGGCAGUUGUAAUUCCAUAAUGUGGCUGCUGCAGUCUGUUUUUAAAGGGUUGUGUCAAAAAACAAAGGUAAUUGUUUUUAUUAUUUGCUGGUGAUGGGUAUUUAAGUAUAAUUGCGAUGGGGAUGCUCUUACAUGUUUACACGGUUCUUUUCGGGGGCCUUGCCAAGUGUAGUUGGACGGAUACUGUGAAUGCACGCGUGUGUCUGGGUUGUUUGACACUGGUUUGCAAUAAUAAACACAGGUAAUGUGCAGUAUUGUUCGAGAAGUG